CCUCCUGGUUGCUAUGGUGAGCGAUGACGGAGCCCAGGACGGGUAUAAUACGAGGCAGCGCACUGGGAACGGAUUUAGCAGAGACGGGAGGGACCAGAGCAGUGGCAAGAGGGGAAGGCGCUGCUCGCCCGGAGUCACGCUGCUCACGGCGCGCCGCCGGCCGCCGCGGACCUGGGAGGGAAGAGCCACGAUGAACAUUGAAGUCCACAACAUCACUUACACCAGUGCCACGGUCUCCUGGGCCACAAACAAUCCCUGUCCAGAGAACUACUACCAUGUCAUGUACCGACCCAACUGGAACAGCGUCUUUGCCGGCUAUUUACGCCAGAACUUCCACCGCGAGGAGCGAGUUCCCCACUCCCUCAGCUCCCUUGUCCUCCACAGACUCACACCAUCCACUGUCUACAUUCUCUGCAUCACGUGCAAGAACUCCUAUCCCUCCAGCAACCACUGCACCACCUUCCACACUCCAGACAACCCCCCUCUGGGUUUCGGUGGCUCUAAGCAUGAACCUACCACCUCCAUGUGGAUGGUGAGCAGCCUGUUGCUUCUUUGCUUUACAGCUAUCUUGGUCUAUGGCUGCCUGCAGUUCUGGUCUGCACGGUGCCACAGGGCUUCAAGGCUGAAGCAGUACAACACCAACCCAGAAGGAGAUGUGGGUGAACACAGCAGCUCACUGGAAAGGCCGCUGAAUGAUGAACUGAAAGAGGAGCUUCUGGAAGUCCCCAUGACAACCGUUCUAGUGAGGAGUUCCAGCUUCAUGAGGGAGAGUCCAUAUAGUUCCCCCCACUGCUUUUUUCCCUAUAAAAACAGCGAUGAUAAAAGGGCCAUCUUGCCACAUCAUGGCCUUCAGUGACAGCCGGAUAAAAGGACCCCUUGCUUAGCAGUUUGGUUCAUGCUGCUCUUUCCCAGCUCUUGCCAGUGUGACCGUCUGUGUCCACGGUGGCUACUUGUCCCAAGGUAGAAUAUGAGGUGGAGACAUUAGCCACAAGGAGAAAGAUUUUUGUCAAAUGACAAUAUUCUCAUUUACGGAGGGGAUUAAAAAAAUCCAAGUCAAAUCUUUGAGAAUGGACAGGCUAGACUGACUCUAUUAUCUAACCUGUAUCGCUGUUGUAGAUUCAAUUCCGAGUCAUCAAGCUACAUGCACAAGAAACAAACUCCACUCAAGUAGUUUCAUACUGGAGUGACACUUCACUAGUAUGUCCUAGAUCUCAUGACCCUUGUAGAAAUCAUCACCACAGUCUUAUAAAAGAGCUUUUUGUCAGUAUUACGUAGACUAUAUUUGCACAUAAAUAGUUUAGUAAUUUUCAUUCUGAAUUACAAAUAGGAUUCUGGAAGUGGCACCCUCCUCUGGAGCGCCAACUCUCUACUCUCUGCACAUUUAGAAAGACCAGACCUGGUCUCUGUGCCAACAACAAGCACAGAGGGUGUUAGCUCACCCUGACAUUGGUACCUUAAGGAGAAGAACAUGAAAAAGCAAAAGUAAAACUGAAGCUGCUUGUUGCAUGGCUUUUUGGUUUCACACAGCAAUUUGACCCUGUGCAUUUGCACCUGCUCUUCUGUCAAUGAACCCGUUCUUACAUUUCCUUCUUCCUAAAUAAAUGCUUUCAGCAUCCAUCCCUA